AUAUGGCGGCUGUUGCUAGAGCUCCAGUCCUUCCUGCCUACUAGUGGCUGCAGUCGUGUGCGGUUUAGGACACAGUCCGACUGCAACCUGCGACAAGUGCGAGCGCAUAACCGCUAAAGGAGGGACUUUCUGGCAGACAGAGGACACUGAGAAUGCGUGUGCUCAGCUCCGUGCUGCGUCUGUCCCCGCGGCUCCAUGUCUCUGUCCUCCCCCUGAACAGGGCGGCUUCAUCAGGGACCAUGGACAUCAGAGAGCCGCUAAACUUCUGGGCCGGAAAACGAGUCAGCAUCGAGGGUGAGAUUGCAUCAGAGCCGGUCUACGAGCCUGCAACAGGACGUGUGUUAUGCCAGCUGCAGCCUUGCCGAGCGGCGCAGGUGGACGAGGCCAUAAACAGCGCCUGCUCUGCUUUCACACACUGGAGUAAGAUGGCAGGAAUGGAACGAGCCGGGAUCAUGCUAGAGGCAGCACGACUCAUCCAGAAAAGAAGAGAAGAGAUCGCCGAGGUGGAGGUGGUCGACAACGGAAAGUCGAUCACCGAGGCGCGGCUGGACGUGGACUCAGCCCGGCUGUGUAUCGAGUACUUUGCAGGUCUCGCUACAGCUAUGGCAGGGCAACAUGUGCAGCUAGCAGGAGGAUCAUUUGCUUACACACGCCGGGAGCCGUUGGGAGUGUGUGUGGGAAUCGGAGCCUGGAAUUACCCGUUCCAGAUUGUAGCAUGGAAAUCGGCUCCGGCGCUCGCCUGUGGGAAUUCGAUGGUGUUCAAGCCGUCCCCAGUGACCCCAGUGAGUGCGGUGCUGCUGGCUGAGAUCUACACACAGGCUGGCGUUCCUGAUGGUUUGUUUAAUGUAGUGCAGGGUGCUCAGGAGACGGGUGCUCUGCUGUGCCAACACCCUGCCAUCGCCAAGGUCUCCUUCACCGGGAGCGUGCAAACCGGCAAGAAGAUAAUGGAAAUGGCGUCCAAAGGCGUGAAGCCGGUGACCCUGGAGCUCGGUGGCAAAUCUCCACUGAUCAUCUUUGAGGACUGUAACCUCGAGAACGCAAUCAGGGGAGCACUUAUGGCCAACUUUCUUUCUCAAGGCCAGGUGUGCAGUAACGGGACGCGGGUGUUUGUGCACAGACCGAUCCUCGCCCAGUUUUUGGAGGAGGUGGUGAGGAGAACCAAAGCGAUCCGGAUCGGAGAUCCCCUGCUGGAGGAGACGCGUAUGGGGGCGCUAGUCAGCCGUGAGCACUUGCACAAAGUGCUGGGAUACGUAGAGCAGGCCAAGAGGGAGGGGGCCCGAGUGCUUUGUGGAGGUGAGCUGUUCACGCCGGCUGACCCUAAACUGAAACAUGGAUAUUAUAUGACUCCUUGUGUACUUGACAGCUGCACAGACGACAUGACGUGCGUCAGAGAGGAAAUCUUCGGGCCUGUGAUGUCGGUGUUGACCUUCGACACUGAGGAAGAAGUUCUUCGCAGGGCUAAUGAUACCACCAUGGGCCUGGCUGCUGGAGUUUUCACCAAAGAUAUUCAGAGAGCACAUCGUGUGAUCGAGAACCUGCAGGCUGGUUCCUGUUUCAUCAACAACUACAACAUCACACCUGUGGAGGUGCCGUUUGGAGGCUAUAAAACUUCAGGUAUAGGAAGAGAAAACGGUCAGGUGACCAUUGAGUACUACUCUCAGCUCAAGACUGUGGUGGUUGAAAUGGGAGACGUGGACAGUCUCUUUUAAACACAGGACAAGCAGAGAUCAUACACUCUCGGUCUGAGUGCAACUCGGUCUAACAAGUGACAGUUAUCAAAGCCUAAAGGCCCACAAUUUGUCACAGUGAAAUGGUCAUUAGGGCAAGCUGCUAGAAAUAACAUGGUUAUAACUUUGCAUUACUGCUGCUUGGUAAUUACCUACCAUGUAUUAGGAAGGAGCGGUCAUAUAAUCAGUGCUGUGUCUUAGGCACUUUUUUUUUCAUACAAAUGUUAUAGAUUUCUAUUUUAUGACUUCUACAUUGGGCGGCACGGUGGUGUCGUGGUUAGCACUGUCGCCUCGCAGCAAGAAGGUCCUGGGUUCAAGCCCAGUGGCUGACGAGGGCCUUUCUGUGUGGAGUCUGCAUGUUCUCCCCGUGUCUGCGUGGGUUUCCCCCACAGUCCAAAGGCAUGCAGGUCAGACUAAUUGGUGGCUCUAAAUUGACCGUGAGCGUGAAUGUCUGUGUCGGCCCUGCGAUGACCUGGCGACUUGUCCAGGGUGUACCCCGCCUCUCGCCCAUAGUCAGCUGGGAUGUAGGACAGAAUAAGCGGCUACAGAUAAUGGAUGGAUGGACUUCUACCGUACGUUGAGUCAAAAUAUCACAAAAACAUUCUAGAGUUCCAAGCGUUCGUUUGUUCCAGUACAAAAUUAAAUGUUACAGGGGGAAAAAAAAAGUUUAUGUAAUAUGUCUGAGCAGCAUAUUACAGAAGAGAGCACUUUCCAGAUCUCAUCUCAUCUCAUUAUCUCUAGCUGCUUUAUCCUGUUCUACAGGGUCACAGGCAAGCUGGAGCCUAUCCCAGCUGACUACGGGCGAAAGGCGGGGCACAUCACAGGGCUGACACACAGACACAGACAACCAUUCACACUCACAUUCACACCUACGCUCAAUUUAGAGUCACCAGUUAACCUAACCUGCAUGUCUUUGGACUGUGGGGGAAACCGGAGGAAACCCACGCGGACACCAUGCAAACUCCACACAGAAAGGCCCUCGCCGGCCACGGGGCUCGAACCCGGACCUUCUUGCUGUGAGGCGACAGCGCUAACCACUACACCACCGUGCCGCCCAUGUUGAAACAUUUCACUUCAUUAUUAUUAUUUUUUUAAACCAUUUUUAGUCUACAGCAUUUCUUUACACGUGCCAAAGACUUUUGCACAGGACUGUAUGGUCGCCGUGCGUAAUUGCGGAUGCGUACGCUCACUUAGUCACUGGAAUGUUGUUCUGGCGCUAAACAGACAUGAUUUACGAUUGUGUUUAGAACAAAACCAGGAGUGGUGUCAGUAUUGUAGAUCUACUCACAGGAUCGUUCACUGUUGAAAUAUAUCUUUAAAUGGAUCUUAACAAUUAGAGGGUUUACUGUUGGUUUAAUUCAGUGGUUUUAGUCCAACAUCCAAUUUCUGGUUAGAAUUUAUUCACAAGGAUUUCAUUAUUUGACAGGAAAGUUAUUCCAGAAACUAUUUUUAUCAGACCCACCCGCUGACAUAAAAUUUCUCCAGCAACCCGUUUUAAAAAUCUUCUCAAGGGAUUGAAAGUUCUGCGUCUUUUAAAGUGCUGAUGACACGAACAUGACUCUAUGCAAUUUCUUAAAUAAACUAUACAACAUGGCAAACAUGUUAGAUUUCUGUUAUAAUUACGUGAAAAGAAGCUGUUACGUGAAUAUCCAACUUUUAAUUGCACAGCGCAAGAAAACUGGGUCCGUGGCUCGUGGCCGUGUUGUGACGUCAGCGGGAGAACACGCUGCGGUUCACUGGCUGUUCUACUCUGGUUCUACUCAAUGGAAAUGGCGCAUGAAAACGCCGGUGAACUCUCUAGUGCUAGCUCUUCCUCUUCUGGGAGUCUAGAAUUGUGUUGAUCUCUUCCGAAUAGAAUCUAUGAUAGCCUACCCUCUUUACCCUUUGCUUCUCGUUGCUAGGCGGCAGUUACAUGAAAGCCGCAAGCUUUCACAAGCAAAUACAUGACUGAUAUCACGCCGACUUUAUGAUUACAUUUAUGAUUAUCAUGUAGAAUCUAUAGCUCUACGUACCUUUAUCUUAUGUCGUUUCACAACACAUGUUCUGACAGGAGGACUGUCUUUGGAUCCGGCAUAGCUACUAGUAGACCCCUUCCGGAAUACUGGCAGUGUUGCCAGAUUGGGAGGAAUCCCGCCCAGUUGGGCGGUUUCAAGUGCAUUUUGGUGGGUUUUGAACAUAUUUUGGGCUGGAAAACUUCAGCAGUAUCUCAGUAUAUUUCCCGCCAACUGGGCGGGAAACCUCCCAAUCUGGCAACACUGUGUAGGCACUGCUGAUGGUAGUAGCACACGUUUGUGCUGAACUGAACACCCAAGAGAUUCUUUUAAGCUGGGAAGGGUGUCAAAACAAUCCAAAUCGAAGUGUCCAGAGCACAGGACGGAUGUUGGUGAGGGCUCCCACUUGUCACGAGUGCGCCUGACUUGCUUCACCCACUUCGCAUGCAGCUCGGGAUCUCUGGGAAACUUGAAUAAACUUACCCCAUCCUUGUGGGUUUUGGAGCAAAAGCCGGCAACACAACGCGAAGGCAUAAUAACUUGUAUAAUAAUAAUACUAAUAAUGACAAACUGAACACGUCGCAUCAACAACAAACUGAUAAGUUAGGAGGAAGGUUCUUUCGCUUACGUCAUAUAGCUCCUCCUCCUCUUUCGUCUCCUGGGUGCUGCAGCCCCGUCAAAUUUGCCCAAAUAGCCACGUUUUUUAUCAUAACUUGUAAAAUAGGCGCCUUCGUGAAUUAAUAUAUGGAUCAUCGGGAAUUACUUUUUAUGUUAUAAAACAUCGCCAAAGAUGUCAAAAACGUGUCAUCAGCACUUUAACGUGACAAGGUUUUUAUUAAGAUUUCCCUAUUCAUACUGUUAUACCAGUGUAUUUUCCGCAUGUAUGAUGUCUGUAUACCCAACACAUAAAUAUGACCUUUUGGUUCCACUCCGUAACUGAGGUUCAGACAUGACUGAUAACACAAAUGCUGCUUGUACAGAAGAGGCAAGAUUUCCAUAAAAUCGUCUUGUACUGUGAAAUUACUCACAAGCAGAUUGAAGUCUUAUUACAACACUAACAUAUGUAUUUUGUGAAAUGUUUUAUUGCUUAUGGAAUAAUAAAUGGCUAACAGAAGGUACGUUAAUCAUUACAGAAGAUCUGUAUUUAAACAGAGAAUCUCAUGUGCAGGGAAGCAGAAUAAUCUAUAAUAAAUGAAUGUAAGUGUUUC